CCAGUGUGGAAGCAGCUCUUUGUCGCGAGCUGGGGAGGCUUCAAGUCAGAAAUAAAGCUAUUGAAAGACAAUCUGGGUCGGCACAGGCGACUCAUCGAAAGUCGAGCGUCUCUCACCCAGUUCGAAGAGGUGCUCAACAUUCGAGCGAAUGCCGAAAAAUACUUCAAGGAACUGAAAGAUGGAGAGAACCGGCGUCGCAGAGAAGUCGUUUUCCGCUGGCUGUCCAGCGCAGACGUCGAGGCAGUUCAUGAGCAACGUGUAGACGCCAGGGCUUGGAGCUCGCAAUCAUGCAGUUGGCUUCUCCAGGAGCAGCUGUUUCAGCAUUGGUUCGAUCCCAUGUAUUGCCAGACUCCGCUACUUUGGCUCAAUGGCAAGCCGGGCUCAGGCAAAUCUGUGCUGGCUUCUCUCAUCAUUGAAGAAGCCAGGAAGCUCCCAGACAUUUCUGUGGCCUUUUUUUACUGCAACGAGAGCGACCCGGCAACAAGAGAUUUUGUCGCCAUUGCACGCUCAAUCUUGGCCCAGCUUCUCGCCCAAGAUGACUCCCUUCUCCUACACCUCGAGCACAGAAUGUCGACUCCGACUGGGAAAGCACCACAGGCUGUACUCUCAGACAUGAAGCUUGCCAAAGAAUUGCUCACUGUCGCUCUCAGGAGCCGGAAAACGUAUAUCAUCCUAGAUGGCAUUGACGAAUGUGACAGAAACCAGCGCAAAGAAAUAUGUCGCUGGUACAGAGAGGUGGUUGAGGGGCUGCCUCGUCUCAAGUAUGACGAGAUCCGAUGCCUUUUUAUCAGCCAGGAUGAUGGAGUCGGCCGAAAAGACCUUUCGUCGCUUUCAACACUGAGACUCACUCCGGAAAGCAAUUUAGAGGACAUCAAGGCUUUCUCCAAGCAUUGGCAAGGCCAGAUCGAGCGUCGGUUCGACUCGGUCAAGAAACACAAUCUGGACUUCACAGAGAUUGUCGCUGCAAGAUCCCAGGGGAUGUUCAUCUUUGCCCGCUGUGUCUUUGAAGAGCUGUAUAAUCAGCCGUCGGGGCAGGCAGUGUUGGAUGAGUGGAGAGAGGACCGCUUUCCGAAAGAUCUCGAAGAUUUAUACGAGCGGAUACUUUUGCGAAUCAUUGGUACGGGAACCGCAAACCAGCAGGACGCGUCGAAAAAACUUCUUUCUUGGAUUGCCGUCGCCCGAAGGCCUCUGAGAUGGUAUGAGAUUCAGGCAUCAUACUCCAUAAACCUCGACGACGAGACAAUCAACACCGAAGAGGGUCGCCUACGAGGUACUGCCAAGGACCAUUGCGCAUCCUUUGUUGAUGUGCGCGCAGACCAGACAGUGUCGUUUGUGCACGGGACUGUCAAGAGUAGUAGUAGUAGUAGUAGUAUUAUUUAACGCCGGGCUCGGCCCGGCUCAUUAGCCGGCCGUUAGCAACCUCCCGAGGGGUAUCUCGGCGCGCUUUUCUAUUUUCUCUAUUUACACAGCGGAAAACAAGGGCAUAGAAGCGAAUCGAGCCUGACCGGGUUCGUGCCCGGUCCUGCUUACAGGUUUGUUCACUGACGCGACCCCGUGCCUUCAGGCGCACGGAGGAUUCGUCUGACGGCAGUUGACGGCUCUUCAUCGAGAGGGGCCUGUGUCCAAACAGCGGAGCUGUCGGUCGUUUGUAGCCAUGGAGACGAAGUUCCCAACAAGUGUGGGCUCGACGGCACAGGCGGGUGGUUGUUGUCGAUAGCCAGCCGGGUUAUCCUUGCCACGGGUAAGCGGGGAGGAGGUGGAGGGAGCAGGAUUCGAACCUACGUUACUCAAGUAACAGCCAUGGCGCUUAACCACUGCGCCAUUCCCCCCA